AUGGGUGGUGUUACUUCAUCAAUGGCAGCAAAAUUUGCAUUCUUUCCACCAAACCCACCAUCAUACAACCUCAUCAAAGACGAACUAACUUCUCUUCUUCUCAUCACUCCUUUCCCUCACCGUGAAAACGUUGAGAUUCUUAAGCUUCCCACGCGUCGUGGAACUGAGAUUGUUGCGGUUUAUGUUCGUCACCCAAUGGCUACUUCUACUCUCCUGUACUCUCAUGGAAACGCCGCUGAUCUCGGGCAGAUGUAUGAGCUUUUCAUUGAGCUUAGCAUCCACUUGCGCGUUAAUCUCAUCGGGUAUGAUUAUUCUGGGUAUGGACAAUCAUCGGGAAAGCCAAGUGAGCAGAAUACAUAUUCAGAUAUUGAGGCUGUAUACAAGUGUCUAGGAGAAAGUUAUGGCGCUAAGCAGGAAGAUAUAAUCCUUUACGGACAAUCUGUUGGAAGUGGUCCGACUUUGGAAAUUGCGACUCGAUUGCCUCAAUUACGAGCUGUUGUUUUGCACAGUCCAAUACUUUCUGGCUUAAGGGUCAUGUAUCCAGUAAAACGCUCAUACUGGUUUGACAUAUAUAAGAAUAUCGACAAAAUUCCACUAGUUAAUUGUCCGGUUCUCAUAGUUCAUGGUACUUCAGACGAAGUUGUAGAUUGUUCCCACGGUAAGCAACUCUGGGAACUUUGUAAAGAGAAAUAUGAACCGUUGUGGCUCAAAGGAGGUAACCACUGCGAUUUGGAGCUCUUUCCCGAGUACAUUAGGCAUCUGAAGAAGUUCAUAACAACAAUUGAGAAGUCUCCAUCGCAACGAUACAGUUUCCGAAGGAGUACAGACCAGCAGUUUGAGCAGCCUCGAAAGAGUACAGAUAUUUUCGAAGUGAGUAGAAAAAGCACUGAUCGUAGAGAAAAGCCAAGGAAGAGCACAGACAAACCAGAGAAAGUCAAAAACUUGUCUUCUAGUAAUGGUGGUGAUAUGUUGGAGAAAUUAAGAAUGACGUUUGAUCAUAAGGAGAGAUCUCGAAGAAGUGUUGAUUGUCCUGAGAAGUCUCGAAAAAGCGUUGAUCAUCAAUUAGAGAAAGGAAGGAAGAGUGUUGACCGACUCGACAGAAUAAGAACCGGUUAA